GGCGACACCAAGUUGUCAACUUUCUCAAACACCCUCCUUGCCACCAACUAUACAAUGAGCGACAUUGCUCAUCAGGCUCUGGGAGCCACCCCAAACCAUAACCCUGCUUCCGACACUGCAAAAUCACCCCUGAACGCGGCGACCCCUCCCACUGCUCCGGCGUCCGUGCCAGCGGCACCAGCACCGGCACCAGCACCCCCAGCACCAGCGCCGGCCGUGCCAGCAGCUCAGCCGACCAACAAGGUCGGCGAGGGACGCCUCCAAAUCGUCAAUGAGCAGCAGGAGUUUUCGAGAGAACUCCCCGCAUACCUCUCGAAAUGGGGCCUCUUAGACAAAGGAUUCGCGUACGACGUUGUUGGCGUCUUUGGCAGCCAGUCGACGGGCAAGUCGACGCUGCUUAACCGGCUGUUCGGAACCACCUUCGAUGUCAUGGACGAGGCCAAGCGCCAGCAGACGACCAAGGGUAUCUGGAUGUGCCCGUCUGCGUACAGCAGUGCCCUUGUCAUGGACGUCGAGGGUACCGACGGCCGCGAACGCGGCGAGGACCAGGACUUUGAGCGCAAGUCGGCCCUCUUCUCGCUUGCCUCGACCGAGGUGCUCAUUGUCAACCUAUGGGAGCACCAGAUCGGUCUGUACCAGGGCGCCAACAUGGGCCUGCUCAAGACCGUGUUCGAGGUCAACCUCAGCCUGUUUGGCGGCAGCGACGCCUCCAAGGCCAAGUCCAGCGACAAGACACUCAUUCUGUUCGUUAUUCGUGACCACGUUGGAGCGACGCCGCUCUCCAACCUCACCGCCACGCUCACUGCCGAUAUGGAGAAGAUUUGGGCCUCGCUCUCCAAGCCCCCGCACCUUGCCGACACGCGGUUGACAGACUAUUUCGACCUGUCAUUUGCGGCCCUUCCUCAUAAGAUUCUCCUGCCCGAGAAGUUUGAGGAAGCCGUCGUGGACCUGAGAAAGCGAUUCACCGACCGCACCCGAUCAGACUAUGUGUUCCAGCCCGCGUAUCACAAGAGGAUCCCCGCCGACGGUGUGGGAUUCUACAUGGAGGGUAUCUGGGACCAGGUUGUGGCGAACAAGGACCUUGAUCUGCCUACUCAGCAGGAGCUGCUGGCCCAGUUCCGCUGUGACGAGAUUGCUGCUGCUGUCAGCGAGGUCUUUGCCACCAGCUCCAAGGCGGUUCGCAAGCCGGUCGAAGCCGGUACGAUCGUCGAUGGUCUCGGUGGUCUGAUCCGCGAGUGGCUGAAGACGGCUACCGCCAACUUUGACGUUGCCGCAUCUCGCUACCACGCUGGUGUGUACCAGCGCAAGCGCCAGGCCCUGCUCGACAACCUGCACGCGUCCGUCUCGCCUCUGUUCCUUGGCCAGCUCAAGAAUGCCCACAAGGCUGCUACUGCCAAGUUUAUCGCCGAUGUUGCCACAUCGCUCAAGGCGCCAACGUACGACUUUGCAGAGGUUGUCACUCGCGCAACAAAGGAUGCUCGUGAUGGCUUCCUCGAGACUGCCAAGGAGGUGACCGUUGACGAUUCCGGCUGGGAGUACGAGCACGAGCUGGGUCUCCUGGAUGACGACCUCAAGGUCAUUGCCGACAGAUCGCGUGCCGACGAGACCAAGAAACUGGUUAACAAUGCCGAGCGUGCUGUCAAGCGCCAGCUUCUCGAGCCCGUCGAGCUGGCCCUUAGCAAGCCUUCGACCACCAUGUGGGACAAGGUUCUCACGACAUACCGCGACGUCAACGGUGCCGCCGAGAAGGCGUACCUGUCCAAGGCCAAGAGCUACAACUGUACCGAGGAGGAGAACGCCGUGGCACUCCACACUCUCCGCACUCGCUCGUGGCUCGUUCUCCGCAAGAAGCUCGAGGAGCAGACUGCCGACGCCACCGUCUUGCUCACACUGCGAGAGAACUUUGAGGAGCGCUUCCGUUACGACGACAGCGGGGUCCCACGAGUGUGGAAGCCCGAGGACGACCUCGAGGGAGCGUACAAGAAGGCGCGCGACGAGACUCUUGCUCUUCUGCCGCUCUUUGCUACCAUCAAGCCCAAGGACGACGAGUUGCUUCCCGUGGUUCCCGAGCCCGACGCCGCUGAGGCCGAGCACGACAGCGCGGCGUUCGACCCUGACACUGCCCUCGUUCUUGUGACCCCGACACGACUGAACUCGCUCGAGUCGCGCUUGAAGCGCGAGGCCGACGCGGCGUUUGUCGAGGCCAAGCGCUCGAUGGUGUCGUCCGUGUCCCAGAUCCCCUACUGGAUGUACGGCUUACUGGUCGUUCUGGGCUGGAACGAGGCCAUGGCGGUGCUGUUCAACCCGCUGUACUUUGCGAUGCUGGUCAUUCUCAUCGCCACGGCAUACAUUGUUCUGCAGCUUGGCCUCGCUGGGCCUUUGCUGCAGGUGACCAAGACGGUCGCAUACGAGGUCAAGAGGAUAGGCACCGACAAGCUGCGCGAGGCGUUUGCCGAGCCGCCAGCUUCGCAGCGCGUCUUGACAGAGCCCAUUGCUGUCAACAACGGCACGCUCGCCGACGAUGCGCGGAGGCGCGGCGACGUGCUCGCAGAGAAGUAUGAGGAGAAGUAGUGGGGUACACUUGGCUACAAAUACAGGCAUAGUAAUCGUCGCGUCGUAGACGGGAUAAUGCAUAGC